UUUUAUGUUGAAAUUUAAACCGGGUUUAUACGAAAAAUAAGUUAACCACCGGCCGAAACUUUUUUCUGGUGAAAUAUUUAGAAACAAGAUUUCAAUUCAAAAAGAUUAGUUUUCAUUUUCACAUGUUUAUAAUUGUGUCGGCAGAAAUCAGGCUUCGAUGUGUCAACAUGGACAUUGCAUUAACGGCAAACGUGACACAUGUAGUUCAGUGAAAAACCGCCCUUGGAAGCCUCAAUGCAAGAAAAUGCACCUGAUACAAUCUUAUGGUUUAUUUCCGUGCAUCACUCAGUGGGUGAUUCAAUUCCUUGGGGUCUCUUGUUAUGAUUUUUUGAAUUAUGGGACACCUCCUCCAGAGCUUUCCGCAGAAGCAAUUAAAGAUGCUUUGAUCAAACAUGAAAUUUACAAGGAUCUAGGCUACGUUAAUUAUCCAAAACACAUGCUUCAGGUGAACUAUGAGGUGCAUCAUCUCCAACUGGGCACUAGAGUUCCAGAUUAUUUAGCAAUUAUACCACCAGAUGGUAUCAACUACACGCACUACGACAAACUUGGACAUUAUGCUUUACUUGUAGUCGGGCUUGAUGUUCCGACCAGAGAAAAACCAAGCCACAGAUCUUACCGGCACAUGACACUGGCCAAUAUACCUGAAGACCGGUUUCUUUCAGCUGAAUGUUUAGUAAAGUAUGAAUGGAUGGAUGCCCCUUACGAGAUAGGUUUACAUCGUGUGGUCUUCCUUUUGUUUAAACAAGAAGGAGAGAAACCCAUCGUUUAUGAUGAAAGCUCGUUAAAGAGAAGGGAAAUCGAUAAGCUCCGGUCCAACUUUAGUGCAAUAAAAUUCAGCAGUAAAUACAAUCUUGGUGAUCCUGUAGCAGUCAACUUUUUUUUCACACAAAUUGAUGAGAACCAUAUAGAAGAGCACUGAAUCAUCAUCAAUGGCGAAUGUGUAAUUUUUGCACGCAAUCACACGAAAAAAUUAACGGAGCAAGCUUCUUGAUAUACCAGGAUGACCUCACAAAAUACCUUGAUUUGCGGGACACAUGCUGAAUAAUAACACUGUGACACAUUAUAGGCCCAGGUUUUUAGGAAAAUCGUAUCAAAAAACGUCAUAUAAGAACUGCCUACUUAUUAUAUCUAUGAUGAUAUUACUUUUAACCACUCUUUUUCGUCCAAUUUUGUUAAAACAAGUGAAUUUCAUCCAAGAAAUAUAUAGGUUCGAAUAUCU